AGUCCGUCAUUUUACUAAAUCUCAAAGACGUGGAUGGUGACUGAAGUGCCGCUCUAUAAACAGAAACUGAUCCUCCUAAAACAGAAAACUGUAUGUUUCUGUUUGCUCAGGGCCAAAAUUUACUGAAUAAGACAAAUGGAAGUGACCAUACUUCUACGUUAUACAGUCAAGGUCAAAUGCAUUCAUACCCUUAUCGAAUUGUGAUUUAUAGUGAUUACAUUGACCAAUAGGUUUGUUUUGGCAAAGGACAGUAAAACACGAUGUUAGAGAUGUUAACAAUCAAUUUAAACUACUUCUAUUUUGUUGGUUUUUUUUUUUUUUAAUACAUUUUUACUGAAAUACAGUGUUCAAUAAUAUGAAUAUCCCUUUAAUUUGUCACAGAUUUGUUGAAAAAAAUGCAGCUUCACCACGAUUCCUAAUGGUCCUGGUAAUUUCUGCCAUGUUCUAGUGCGAUGUAGUACACUGUACUGAAAAAAGCUAAUGCAAUAGUUGUCUGGUCAGUUAGGAAACUUCAAGUCAUUGCUGAAACCAAAGAGCUCAGUGAGCUGCUGUUAGGGUCCAUCACUGAGAGAGAGCUGCGCUUUCCUUCUGCUCACAAGAUGCUAAAAGCUAUAAAUCCAUAUUCAAGUCUUUUCCAGGUCCAGUGGCCACAUUGCGAAGCAUCAUGAAACAGUCCAAGGGGUUCCACGCUGUGAAACAUGUCAAAGGGCUGCUAGGAAGACAGAUGUGAGCCCUGCACUGGAAGAAUGGUAGAGGACAAGAAGAAUCCAAGGAUCAGCACCAAGAGCAUCCUGAUGAAUGUGAGCAGUUCUGGUAGCAACAUGUCCAUCAGACACUCCAGCAGACCAAGAACAAGGCUGGUCUCCAUGGAUCAGACCAAGGAGGACUCCACUUCUCCAAGACAGACACACUAAAGCUCAGCUGGACAAAGAAGAAAGCUGCUGCUCACCUCUUCUGUGUUGGAUGACAUAAAAAUGGAGCCGUUGGACACAGAGACCAAAGAAAGAACAACAUCUCCAAGGUAAAACGUGGUGGGAAUGUGAGGCUUUAGGGCUGUUUUUCAGGCAGCCUGGUCAAUGUAAGCGGCAUCAUGAGAAAAGAGGAAACAUUCCGACUGUGGAGGAAAACAUCAGGCAGUCUGCAGAAAAACUGCUCUUUGGGCAACAUUGGAGCUUCCAACAAGACAAUGAUGUGAAACAUGGAGCCAAAGUGAUGAAGAAAUAGCAAACAAGACAACAAAACAUGUAAAUAGUCAACAUUUAUCAGUAGCAUCUCAAUGUUUACUGUCUUUUGUCACUUGUUUAUGUCAUUUCCAACCAGAAGAUACCCGUUGGUCAAAUAAGAUUCACUAUAAAUCAAAAUUUGGCAUGGCUGUGAAUAAUUUAAAGUUAACUGUAUCCAUGUUGGCUUUUUUGGCGCACAAUUGUGACUUUGGACGAGACCCCGGCAACCUUAACUCAUCUUUAAUGUAUAUGUGCAUGCAUGCGGAUAACACUUGCUCUUCUCUGCUUAAUGUUGGCUGUUAGUGUCUAAUGGAUUUGUCUAAUGGAGAAAGGAUGUGGACCUAAUCUGACUCAACACUCCGCUCGACAGUCUCAUUAAGAGUUUGUAAAGAGGAAAAAAAAAGGGAACGAGGCCGCAGUGUGUUAAGAUAGAAACCACUACUGUUCCAUGUGCAGUAAUCAAUCCAGAAUGACCUGCUGUAAAUCUGUGAUCAGAACACGUUGGCAGCCUGACGGCAUGUAACCUGAACAGCAUGCGAGCUAAUGUGUGUAUUCCUGGAAAUGGGAUAUCUGUGAGAAUUUUUAUUGGAUGUAAGACAAGUGUGGAAAAUGAUUACAGAUGGGAAGCCGGUGCAUACGUAUGAAAAACCUGAGCUGCAUUAAAACACCAAUUACCUGGUGAAUUGGUGUUAUAAUGCAGCAAAGGAACCGGAAUUUGUGUGCUGCCUCCUCACUCCAUCAGCUUCAGUAUCUUUUUCCUUUCCUUUUGCAACUGUGUGUCUACACUUUAUGUUUUGAAGUUUUUUCUGUCUGUUUAUCUUAGAUUUGCAUUUAAAAGCCUGAUCCUGUACUUUCCUCUCUUACAUAAACACUUCACUGCUGCACAGAAGACAUCAGGAACGUGUAUAUGUUAAUAAAAUGUAAGGAUGGAUGGGAUGGCGCAAGGUGGAGAGGAGAGGUGCGUUAAUGUGACAAACUUCUCCACCUGGCAGGUCGAAGUUAAGUUUCUCCUUCUCCUCACCUCUUUGUUUAUCUACUCUCCUGACCGAAAACAGCCUCAGUAGUGACUGCAGUGCUGCUCGAGGCGGCUUAUAGCGUUUUAUUCGUCCUAUAAAGCUCACUUUAAUUAAAACAAAGUCCCCACAAUGAUAAACAGCAGAUUGGGAAUGCGUUUAAGUGGGUGCAACAUCCAUGUCUCUUCCUUUAUUCUCCCACAGAGGGCUUUUGUUGCUUGUAAGCGUGCUGAGCUAAAUAUCCAAAAAUAAAUAUUAAAAAAAGCAGCCUGGUUUGGCUCUGUCACCUCUUUAAAACAGUUUUUCAUUGCAGGAUAUUAUUUUCAGCAGGAGAGAAGUAUGUUACCUCUGCGGUUUUAAGGGGGAAAUCACUUGGUGUUGAGUGAAGCGGUGAGCGGGCUGAACUGCCAGAAAAACUUGGGCAUGCAGCUUAAGAGAUUUCUGCUGUAAGCCGACAUAAUAAUUACUGACAUAAUUACAAGCGAUUAUUCCGAAAGGAAGGAAAUGCAGCCCGGUUUAACGGUACGGUUGGCCUGUUAAAAAGUCAGCUAUAAGGUGCACCGAGUCUGUGCGUAAUCUUUAAUAUCAUUUAUUGGUUCGGGAUUCGUCUGUGCCAUGAAUGGAGCCGUGACGCGCCAGCCUCGUAUGCGCGCUCAGAUGUGGUUUGUGCCUUGUAAUGUGUGUGUAGGGGGUAAAGUUUUGUGCAGGGGGCGGGGGGCGCGGCCGGGUAGUCCUGUAGCUGAGGCUCCGGAGCAGACCUGGUGGUUUCAGGGUGUCAGGACGCAGUUGUGGGGGCGCGCAGCAGCAGAGCGCGCGUAAGGACCCGAGGGGCAGCAGGCAGUUGGUGGACUUAAACUUCUGGACGAAAGUACAUCACCUGCACAGAAGAAACUACUCCUCCUUCUAUCUCUAUCUCUUUCUUUGAGUUCCCUCUCGUUUUGGGGGGGGGAUCGUGCGUAAAGAGGCUCCCUGCUCUUUAGGAUGGAGCGCGUAAAGGACUGCGUUUCCUCCGCUGGGAUGUUUAUUCUCGGGCUGCUGUAUGUGCUCUGGCCGGCGCUAAAUGGAGUUUGGAGUUUUAACUUUUACGCAGAACAUCCAACGGUUUAUAGGGGACCCGAUGGAAGUUAUUUCGGUUACUCUGUGGACUUCUACCAAGCUACCGCCGACAGCAACACGAUCAGUGUGUUGGUGGGGGCUCCCAAAGCGAACACGUCCCAGCCCGGCAUCGUGGAGGCUGGAGCCGUCUAUUAUUGCCCCUGGCCUGGAAGCCCUGAGAGCUGCAGACAGAUUCCUUUUGACAAUUCCAAUAACAGAAUGAUUAAAGUAAAUGGCACCAGGGAGCCUCUGGAGUUUAAGUCGCACCAGUGGUUUGGAGCGUCGGUGAGGACACACAAAGGAAAAGUGGUGGCCUGUGCUCCGCUGUAUCACUGGCGGACGGUGAAGGUGAGCGGGGAGAAGGACCCAGUAGGGACCUGCUAUGUUGCCGUCCAGAACUUCAGCGCCUACGCAGAAUACUCACCCUGCAGGACCAAUGAUCCAGACCCGGAGGGGCAGGGAUUCUGCCAGGCUGGUUUCAGCGUAGACUUCACUAAGGAAGGACGGCUGGUGGUGGGAGGACCUGGGAGCUUCUACUGGCAAGGUCAGGUGAUGACAGCAGGGAUAGCAGAGAUACUGAACGGCUACUCUUUAAAGGCGGUGCUGAGGCAGGUUCCAGGAGAGAAACACACCAGAGCUGCUGAAGACACACACGACGACAGCUACCUCGGUUACUCUGUGGCAGUGGGAGAGUUUACAGGAGACUCGGAACAAGAGCUGAUAGCCGGAGUCCCAAGAGGAGCACAGAACUUUGGAUAUGUGGCGAUGAUCAACUCCACCAAUCUGACCUUCAUCCAGAACUUCACAGGGGAGCAGAUGGCGUCUUAUUUUGGCUAUUCGGUUGCUGUCACUGACUUGAAUGGAGACGGGACGGACGAUGUUCUGGUUGGAGCUCCUCUCUUCAUGGAGAGAGAGAUGGAGAGUAAACCCAGGGAGGUGGGGAGAGUUUACCUUUACCUCCAGCUGGCUCCGCUCACUUUUUCUGAACCUGUUGCACUCACUGGCACCUACACCUUCGGACGCUUCGGCACAGCUAUAGCACCCGUGGGAGACGUCAACCAGGAUGGAUACAAUGACGUGGCGGUGGGCUGUCCGUUCGGAGGCGACGACCGUGGAGGCAGAGUAUUGAUCUUCAACGGUAACAGAGAUGUAUCAACGCAAGGCCUGACGCUGAGCCAAGAGCUGCGAGCGGCCUCGAGCCCAGGGAGCAGUUUGCCUGGAUUCGGAUUCACUCUGAGAGGAGGCCAAGACGUGGACAACAAUCAGUAUCCUGAUCUGAUAGUGGGGGCGUUUGGUGCUGGAGAGGUGUCAGUGUACAGGGCUCAAGCUGUGGUAUCUGUGGAAGCUUCGAUGAUCCUGACGCCCAGAAUCCUGAACCCCAAUGACCGACAGUGUCACCUGCCUCAGAUGAACACCAUGGUUACCUGCCUGAAGGUGGAUGUGUGUGCAGCGGUGAGCGGCGUGGGGAUUCCCAGCUCUGUAGACCUGAGGGCUGAGCUGCAGCUGGAUUGGCUGAAAGGCAGCAGGGGCGGGGUUAAACGAGUUCUCUUCCUGGACACCCAGCAGCCUCAGCACACCGGACUCCUCAGGCUGGGCCACAACCGUCCACGUGCAUGUCUGAGCUACAUGAUUUAUCUGAAAGAGGACGAUGAGUUCAGGGACAAGCUGACCCCCAUCUCUCUGGCUCUGAACUACAGUCUGGCUCCUCCUCCUCGUGACCAAAACCUCCCACCUGUCCUCAACCACUACAGCAGCACCUUCCUCCAGGAGCAUGCUUAUAUUCUCCUGGACUGCGGUGACGACAAUAUUUGCAUCCCCGACCUGCAGCUCUCUGCCAGCAUGGACCGAGCCGAGCUGGUGAUCGGAGAUGACAAUCUGGUGAUGUUGACCAUCACUGCGGUGAACCGAGGAGAGGGAGCCUACGAGACGGAGCUCCACACUCUGAUACCCCCGGAGGCCGACUACAUCGGAGUCCAGCGCAGGGUGGAGUCUCUCUCGGAGCUAAAUUGCGAGUACAAGAUGAUCAAUGAGUCCAGGAUGGUGGUGUGUGACCUCGGGAACCCGAUGGUGGCCGGGACAGAGCUGACUGUCGGUUUGAGGUUUUCAGUCCAAAGGCUGGAGGAUUCUGGGCCGAAAAUCAGCUUCGAGCUGCAGAUCCACAGCUCCAACAAAGAUAACCCCGACAGCAACCUCGUCAGUCUGAAUUUGUCCAUCGUUGCACAGGCUCGACUUGAUUUACGUGGGGUGUCUCAUCCCUCUCAGGUAGUGCUGCCAUUCCCAAACUGGGAACCUAAAGAGAAACCUGUCAAAGAGGACGAAGUCGGACCACAAGUUACACACAUCUAUGAGCUCCAUAACUCCGGCCCCAGCAGUAUUGGAGAGGCUGAGCUUCAGGUCGGCUGGCCGUCUCGUUUCCGUGACGAGAACCUGCUGUAUGCCAUGGAUAUUCAAACUGAUGGACCAAUUAGCUGUCGGACAAACACCAGCCUUAACCCACAUGGACUUCAGAUCUCCAACGUCCAGGACACACCGGAACUCCUUGGUUUUUUGAGGAACACCAGCACUCCUCCUCACCGCCGCAAGCGAUCCGUCAGCACCGCCCAGAGUUACAGCAGCAAAACCCUGAACUGCACCAACAUCUCCUGUCUGAAGAUCAUGUGUGUGGUCGGGCGGCUGGAUCGAGGGCAGAGCGCUGUGGUUAAGAUCCGGUCCAGACUCUGGGCGCAUACUUUCCUGCAGAGGAGAAAUGACCCCUACAUUCUGAACUCUACUGUGUCCUUCAUGGUGAUGUCCAUGCCUUAUCGCAUCCAACCCACCACCCUGCCUCAACACAAAACCUCGAUGGGGACCCUGGUGUUAUGGGGAACUCCCGAUGUGUCCUUCGCAGUUCCUCUUUGGGUCAUCAUCCUGGCCAUCCUGCUGGGGCUGCUGGUGCUCGCCAUGCUAACGUUAGCCAUGUGGAAGUGCGGCUUCUUCGAUCGGGCGAGGCCGCCGGCAGACGAAGACAUCUCCGACCAGGAGCAGCUAACGUCUGAUCAAACAGGAGACGCCUAAAUGACAGCUCCUGGUUGGAGGACUGUGGUUUUUGGGAGGGACGUGCACCUUCUGAGUACCUUAAAUCAGAUCUGUGAUCUGUAUUAGCUCCUUGGCUGGAGGCCUAAUGCCUCCUUGUUAAUGAAAGUGACUGACAGGACGGGCUAAAGGCGGCAGCGCCACACAGACUGCGACCAAAGAACAGCGUCCAAAGCAGACAGAGUGGGGCCAACACACUUAACAGGCUCGAUUACACACACAUGUCCGUUGUUUAUCCGUUGUGAUGAAGCACCAGAACUGAAGACAGAACUUCGUUGUGAAGACAAUGCUUUAAAUGUUUUUGUGUGUCUUUGUUCGUGAGGCACAAAGAGACUUGAGAUCAAUGCACAAGUGCUUUUGUGUGUGUGUGAGUGUGAGUGUGUGUGUGUGCAGGUACUGUACAUAUGUAUGUGUUUAUUAGGUGCCACUUGUGUUGUCCUUCAUGCAGUUAUAGAAUUAUUUCACCAGCACCAGGUAUAAUUUAUCCCACUGAGCUGUAUAUCGUUCACACACACACACACACACACACACACACACACACACACACACACACACACACGCACACACCAGUUGCAGCCACGCGCUUAAACAAAAAGGCACAAAGUGUAGUGAAGUGUAUAUUUAUGAAUGUAUGUGCAAUACUGGGGCAUUGUGUGAUACUGAGGCUUGUUUACACUGGCAUUAUUUUAUUAGGGCUUAAUGUUUUCAUUGUUUGUGUAUAUAUGUAAGUGACUAUUUAGUAUAUUAGGUAUUAAUAUUUGCAAGCAACAAAGCAUUUCUGUCCACUGAUUUAAGGCACCACAUAGCAUUUAAAAACGUGAGGAGACCAAUAAGAAAUAAAUUAUUAUUGUCUUAUAAUGACUGUAGAGUUUUAUCUGUGUGGGAACAGACCGUAACUUCACAGCUCUGCCCCGCUAGGUAAAGCUUUGCAUGGAUGUCUUUUCCGGCACUGAUAAGACUUCAGAAAGUAGCUGCAAAGAUAAUCAGUCCAUCACUUUGUAGACAGUCGUAGACUGUGUACAUUACUGCACAUACUGUAUGGCAUUUAAGAGUGAGAUUCAUGUUUGUCUGUUGUUUAUCUGUUAUUGAUGCACAGGCAGGCAGAACAAAGUGGUCAGAGCAUCAGCAGUACCCUGAAUUUCAAACUAAAUCUUACUGUGUUAUGUUUGAGUCGUUUUUUGGGUUUUUUAUCAUGAGUGAAGUUUUAUCAAAAUAAAAUGAUGUUUGAUUAACGA